GCCCGCCAUUUCACUUUUGGGUAGCUAGUUAGCCGGCUUGUGCGUGUUUUACUUGUAAACAGAUAAUUUCGCUUAACGUUGAUUAAAUUAAGUUAUAAAUCGUAUUUUCCGAAUUUAUAUUGCCAGAUUUGUUUAUUAAGGCAAUUAGAAAUUACUCGUUCGUAAACUUCAUCCUUUUUCAUUCAAUAACGUAAUUAAAUAGAAGCUGCGCCAAAAUGUCGACUGAUGGCGUUGACAAACCAGGCCUGGGUGAAGUGAACGGCAAGCCCGCCCACCAAAGCAGGAAGGAGAGGCCCCAGAAGCGCGGUGGCGGUCGCUUUGAGCCUUACGGCAAUCCAUCCAAGAGAUACCGUGUGUUUGUCAGCAACAUACCUUUUGAUGUGAAAUGGCAAGCGCUCAAAGAUCUCAUGAAAGAAAAAGUGGGUGAGGUAACUUACGUGGAACACUUAACGGACGCGGAAGGCAAAUCGAGGGGUUGUGCGGUUGUUGAGUUUCGGACUGAGGAGCUGAUGAAGGCGGCUGUAGAGAAGGUCAAUAAGCACAACUUCAACGGGCGGCCUCUUAAAGUGAAAGAGGACCCUGAUGGAGAGUUUGCCCGCCGUGCUGCCCAGAGGGCCCAGGGGGGUGGCGGUGGUGGUGGCCCCCCUGGCGGGAUGGGCAUGGGAAUGGGUAUGGGACCAGGUCCAGGAGCUCCGCCUCCUCCGCCCAUGGUCAGCGUUCCCCCCAGCCUGAUGGACAACCCCAACAUCCCCAGCGAGAUCAUCCACGGCCUUCAAGCUGGCAAGAUUGGGAGCACGGUCUUUGUUGCCAAUCUGGACUACAAGGUUGGCUGGAAGAAGCUGAAGGAGGUGUUUGGCAUGGCUGGUGUUGUGCUACGUGCUGAGUUACUGGAGGACAAAGACGGGAAAAGCCGGGGAAUGGCCACUGUGACCUUUGACCUGCCCAUUGAAGCUGUGCAAGCAGUCUCAAUGUUCAAUGGUCAACUCCUGUUCAAUCGGGUCAUGCAUGUUAAACUGGAUGAAAAAUCUGCACCAAAAGAAGACUUUGGUCCCCCUGAGGGUCCAUCUUCCCUCCCUCGUGGUUUGAGUGGCAUUGGGCUUGGACUGGGGCCUGGUGGUCAGCCCAUCGAUAGGCUCCAGAUUAACAGAGGUGGGAGUGGUGGUGGAGGAAUGGGCAACAUGGGACCUGGAGGAAUGGAUGGGAUGGGCUUUGGUGGCAUGGGCAGAAUGGGAGGGAUGGACAAUUAUCGAGGUGGAAUGAACAACAUGGAUCACUUUGGACCGUCAGGAAUGGGCCGCAUGAACGAUGUGGACCGUGGGAUCGGCGGUGGCUUUGACCGGGAGUUUGGCCGGAAUGACAUGGGUAUGCAACGGCGCAGUUUUGGAGACUCGAGUGAAAGGGGAAUAGGUAGCUCAAUGGGCAUGGAUCGAAUGAGCUCCAACAUCGAUGGCAUGGGCUCCGGUGUCGGCCGCAUGUCGGGAAUGGACCGCAUGGGGAUGGACCGGAUGGACCACAUGUCCGACAUGGACCGGCUGGGCCCUGGCGGCUUCGACCGCAUGGGGUCUGGGCUCGACCGGCUGGGGCCCAGUGUGGACCGGCUGGGCACCAGCCUGGACCGCAUGAGCUCCAACGCCGACCGGCUUGGCCAAGCCGGCUUCGACCGCCUGGGUCCGUCCGGUCUGGACCGCAUGAGCGCCGGCAUGGACUUCAUGUCCCCGAUGGGCAUGGAUAGGAUGAGCUCCGGCUUGGACCGGAUGGGCUCCAACUUCAACCGCGCCGGGUCUGCGGGCAUCGACCGCUUCCCGACCACUGGGCUCGACCGCAUGGGCUCCACCAUGGACCGCAUGGGAGGCCCGUCUAUGGAUCGUAUGGGCGGGCCUUCCAUGGACCGCAUGGGAGGUCCAACCAUGGACCGCAUGGGCCCCGCCCGGGUGGGCGGCCAGUUCGACCGGCCCGCUGAGAUGGAGCGUGGAGGCUUUGGCAGUCCCUUCGGUGGGGCGGGGGCCGGUGGUCCAGGGGCCGGGGCCAACCCCAGGAAAGGCUGCCAGAUCUUUGUCAGAAAUCUGCCCUUUGACUUCACCUGGCAGAUGCUGAAGGAUACCUUCAACUCAUGUGGUAUUGUCCAGUAUGCUGAUGUCAAAACCGAGAACGGCAAGUCAAAGGGGUGCGGCGUGGUCCGUUUCGAGAAUCCGGAGACCGCUGAACGGGCCUGCCGGACCAUGAACGGCUACCGAUUGAGCGGCCGAGAGAUCGACGUCAGAAUCGACAGGAACGCCUAAUCCAUCAGAACAGAAAUUCCUGUCGUCUUCCCCGUACCAUCUAUUCCCAUGUUUUUUUAGGCCUUUGAGUUGGUGCAAGGAAUAUGUACUUUUUGUUGUUUUUGCUUGCUCAAGUUUUUAGUGACCAAAUCUUAUUUUACGUUUCUUUUCUUUUUUUCUUUUUAAAAACGUCAACGCUUUGAAUUAAUUUCAUUGCCUUUCCUAUGUAAGGUGUUUUGAUAAUAAAUACCAAUGUAUGAA